AUGGGCCUGGGCUCUGCUAUUGCAAGAAUUAUUGGCACCAAUGCACAGAAACUCCAGUGCUUCGCCACCACUGUUAAGAUGUGGGUGUAUGAAGAAAUGGUCAAUGGCAGAACUCUGUCAGAGAUCAUAAACACAGAGCAUGAGAAUGUCAAAUAACUUCCAGGUUACAAACACCUAGAGAUUGUGGUUGCAGUGCCACAGUUGUGGGAUGCUGCAGAUGAUGCUGACCUCCUCGUAUUUGUUGUCCCGCACCAGUUCAUCCGAAAACUGUGUGAAGAGAUGGUGGGCUGCAUCUCAGAGAAAGCUCGAGGAAUUACACUUAUUAAAGGCAUUGAUGAAGGACCAGAAGGAUUGAAGCUCAUCUCUGACAUCAUUAGGGAAAAAAUGGGCAUUGAUGUCAGUGUAUUAAUGGGGGCCAACAUUGCCAAUGAAGUGGCAGCUGAGAAAUUCUGCAAGCUCACAAUUGGCAGCAAGGUUUUUGAGAACGGCAUCCUCUUCAAAGAGCUCCUGCAGACACCUAACUUCAGAAACACUGUGGUGGAUGAUGCUGACACAGUGGAGCUCUGUGGAGCCCUCAAGAACAUUGUUGCAGUAGGUGCAGGCUUCUGUGAUGGCCUACAGUGUGUAGACAACACCAAAGCAUCAAUAAAGGGAUCCUUGGCUUGAUGGGAGAUGAUCGCCUUUUCUAAACUGUUCUGCAAAGAUGACUCCUUUUCGUCCCCCACGUUCCUCGAGAGCUGCGGCGAAGCCUACCUCAAAUAUGGGGUGCGUAAACGACGUGUGGCAGAAGCUUUUGCCAGGACAGGCAAUAGUGUUCAGGAACUGGAGAAGGUGUUAAAUGGACAAAAGCUUCAGGGACCGUUGACUUCUGCUGAGAUCUAUCAUAUCUUCAAACAGAAGGGCCAAGUAGAUAAAUUCCCUCUGUUUACGGUUGUGUAUCCGAUCUGUUUUGAGGGAAAGCCAGUUCAGGACAUGAUCACCUGCCUGCAGAGCCAUCCAGGGCACCUAUGA